UAAAUCGAUUCGCUUUCGCAAAAUCGAUCCCGCCUUCUCUGAACCGUCUGCUCUUCAGAAGCUUCAGGAAGAAGACGAUCGUCUUUCACCGGAACGCCUCGGAUGUAAGCGCAACCGCCGUCUCCUCCCGUUCGAAGGAGCUCGAGGCCGCCCCUCUCCAAUGGACGACGUGGACAGAUUGUUCAAGUGCUUCAAGUGCGGCAUCUCCCCUCCCGAAUCGGCCUUGAGAGAGAGGAAGAGAUCUAAAAGGAAAUGGCAGGAGGGAAGCUCCGUGCACGAAGGCUCUGCAUCGAGCGUCCUCAGUCCAGGAUCGUCAGGACUGAGGCGCAACGAGGCAACCGACGUACAGCUUUGCACUGAGAAACUUGGUUCGACAACAAUUAGAGCACGCAAGUUCAGCCAAAAGAGAGGGGUGCAUAUUUCUCCAGUGGUGUUCUACGGGUCUCCUAAUGGCGUGCCUCCAAAAAGACCAUCUAGUUUGCUGCGAUUGCUGAAUGAAAUCCGGGUUGAUCUUGCAGCACAAAAUUCAUCAAAGCUAAGGAAGGAAAUAUGGACAACGUUCCCAAGGCAAGAUGAAGCAAUGAAGUUUGCUAAGGCUCAUCCUGAGGUUCGUGUGUUCAGUUACCAAGACCAUUGUAAUGGCCAGAGAAGAUUUCUUGUGUCUUCAUACCAGGAGUUCUGGAAGAGGUACAACAAUAUGGAUCCAAAGUUACGCCACCAUUAUGAAGUAAUUCAGGAGGGCCUGCCUUGUCACUUAUACUUUGAUUUGGAGUUCAAUAAGAGGGAAAAUGUCGAUAAAAAUGGAGAAGAGAUGGUUGAUCUUCUGAUAUUAGUUGUUUUGGAAGUGUUGCUUGACAAGUACUCAAUCCAAGGAAAUGAGGAAUGGGUAGUUGAGCUCGAUUCUUCAACUGAAGAAAAAUUUUCCCGCCAUUUGAUUCUGAGGAUACCAAAGACUGCUUUUAAGGACAACUCUCAUGUGGGGGCAUUUGUUUCAGAGGUAUGCUCACGGAUUUCUAGUGCAAGGGAGACAGACAAAAGAUAUGAGAAGUUGUUUGUCAAGAAAGAUUCCAGCACAUCAACAUGUCAAAUUUUUGUGGACACUGCUGUUUAUUCGAGGAAUAGAUGCUUUCGUUUGGCUUUAUCAUCCAAGGCAGGCAAGAGUUCCGUACUUCUGCCAACUGGGCGUUUCAAAUGCAAGGACAUGUGUGAGGAAGAUGUGUUCAUGGCUUCUUUGAUCUGCAAUAUGGAUGUUAAUUGUGAGAAGCUCUUAGUCUGCAAAAUGGAGUUAGAUUGUGCAAAGACACUUCAGUUCGAGACUGAGGUGAAUGCUGACAUUGGAAGAUACAAUCUUGCUUUGCAAGAGCGUAAUUUCAACUCUUUACCUAGUGAUAAUUCGGCAAAUUACUUCAUUGACAAGUCACCUUUCCCGAUGUUGGACAAAUUCAUUGAAUCUGUGGCCUCAAUUGGAACUGUAUCAGGUAAAAUUCGAAGCUGGUACUGGUUCUCAGAGCAUGGACUCAUGGUUUACAACAUGUUGAGGAACAGGUUCUGUGAGAGGAUAGGCAGAGAGCAUAAAAGCAAUCACGUUAUCUACGUUGUUGAUCUGAAUUGGGCUGCAUAUUACCAGAAAUGUCAUGAUCCUGAUUGCAAAGGUUACCGCUCUCCCUUGCGCCUGAUCCCGGAGGAUAGUGUGCCUGAUCUAUCAGCAUUCUUUGAUUCGGUGCAGAUGGCAAAUCCUCCUGAUGUAACGAAUAAUGUGCUUGACAAUGAUGAAAAUACAGCAAAUUGCUCCCCUAUGGAUGCUUGGUGGCUCGAAGCUAUAAGAGUCGCAAAUGCUGUAGAAAACCAACAGGUCAUGGAUUAUGACAACAAGGAGAACUACUGUGUGGAUGAAGACGAGGAUUGGUGGGUGGAUGUAGAAACGGUUAUACCUCAGGUUAAGCUUGAGGUUAACCAUUCCUGUGGCUCAUAGUUGCAAUUAUUCGGGAGGAAACCCAGUCCUGCUUGCAAGACUUGAACAAGGGUAGCACUUUAUGUAUCCUUUCAAUUCAAUCCCACGAAGGAAAGAGCGGAAGACUAAAAGUAAUUGCUGUAAAGAUGGGGUUACUAAGGAAAGUACUCUGAGCUCUGAUAUUUACUUUGACAAUAAUUUCCUUGGCAGAUAGCAUCUCAGAGGAGUUAUGCUAUUCAAAGUUGAAACAUCGGGCUGAGAAAUUAUUCCGACCACUCGCAGAUGGUUUUUAUGGAAAAGUCAUGGUAUUUAUAGGGCGUGAGCAAGGCUUGCUCACAAUUUCCGGUUCGCUUCACCUGAUGAUCAUUAAUCUGAGUGGAAGCUAUAUUUAAGCUCUUCAAUUUUCUGCAAUAUAUCGAGGCGUCUUGAUGUUUUUAUCAUAGUUCUUAUGGUAGUACAGAGCAAAGCUCUCUGAUUAAUGGUGCAUUUUUGCCCUUGUGUAUAGUUCAAAAUAAUUUCCUAAGCCAUGUGCUUUUUUCAUUCUCGGACUAUCUGAUGUCCAACUCUUGGAUCUUGAA